UCGCGGAGUGAUCGUGUUGGGUGAUCGCGUACGCGGGGUUGGUGGGAGGUUGAUCAACUACCACAAAAGUUUAUAAAGAUAAGGAUCAUGCCGUAUAGUCUUGAACUUCAAUCUCCACCCGGGAAUUGAUCUUCGCGCGCGCGGGAUCGUGGAUGAUGGGAAAUUUGAUGGAUUGCUGGUGGAAGUUUAGUGGUGCGCGCAUGAAGCAAUGGGGGCCUCUGCCGAAGCCACGUUUUCACUCGCAUUUCCAGAUCAAACUUCUUCGAACUAAUUCAAUGGAGUACAAUCGACUUGGAACCUUAUUCCGCGGUUUUCUCUCUGCACUGCCGCUACGACGUUUUGCGGGAAUUUCUUCCCCCACUCCUUGGGAGCUCCGUGGCGAUCUUAUAUAAAGUCCUCGUUCAACCAGAAUUUUAUCCAAUUUGUCGUUUGUACUUUCGAUCAAUCGGACGAUCGUCUGAGGAAGAAUUUUAUUCUUAAAUAAUUCUUCUUUUCUUUUGUAUUACUCUGUGUGCCAACAAUUUCUUCGUGAAAAUUUGUGAUUUUUUUGUGCUUUUCCGCGCAUUUUUCUUCGCUUCUUUUUUGUAAUUUUUUAUCCAUUCAUUCUCACCUCUUCGUGAUCAGUGUGAGUGUGUUAAACUCCGUGAAAGGAAGAAAAAAAGGGACUCUUGAGGAUUUCCCUUCAAACCACAAUCCGAAUGAAAUACCGCACCAGUCAGGGAUACAUCCUGCAAAUACAAUUUCGUACUUUUCUCUUGGAUUCCGUACCAGAAGUUCGGAGGUGAAGGAAUAAAGCCAACCAACGAAAAUAAAAUUUGAACAAAAAAAUGAGGCAUCUUCUACCGACACUGAUGUGCCUCUGCCUGG